UAUGCGCCUUUAUGACAGCGUGGAGUCAAACUAAGGUGGUUAGCUCGGUAGCUAGUUAAUAAACCAACGCAUAUCAUCUUUCAAAGGAAAUGUGAGACAGGUAUUUUCAACAAGCAUGGGUUUAAUUCCUUUUGGAGUCAAUCUUUUCGCUAAAUCAGUCGUAUCAUCUUUUGCAAGGUGCACAGUUGCAGUGUGCAAAAGCUUCAGUGCCACUUUGGCCCCGCCCCCCAAAAGGCCCAUGACUGCUUACCUCCGUUUUGUGAAACAGCAGUUUCCGCUGGUGUACAGACAAUACCCAGAUUUGAAAGCUCGCGGGGUAAUUGCAACAAUUGCCAAGCAGUGGAAUGCCCUGCCACCAGAACAGAAACGGGAAGCCUCGCAGGCUGAAGUUGCACAGUACCAAAUGGACUUAAUGCAGUACAAAUCCCAGCUCUCUCCAGCACAGUUAGCAGCACUGAAAAGGCCGAAAGAUUUGAUCAAAAAAAAGAAGAAGAUGUAUAGAAAGGAUGUUCGGAAGCUGGGAAAGCCCAAACUGGUCAGGUCUCCUUUUAAUUAUUUCGUGGGAGUGCGUUUUCAUGAUUUCCCAGGAACAAAAAAGGAAAGGUUCACAUCAUUAGUUGAUACCUGGAAGAAUCUGCCUCACUCACAAAAAACGGUCUUCCUUAAACUAGCUGAUGAUGACAAAAUCCGUUACGAAAAAGAAACGACUGUUUGGGAGGAAACCAUGACAAAAAUGGGACGAACCGAUCUUGUCCGGGCACAUAUGAAGCCAAAGGCAAAACGGAAGUAAGAAGCAAGAGAAGACUUCACUUCUCUGUGACAAAGGCAAGCUACUGACCGUCCUGAAUAAAAUUGCUCAGUUAUGGGAAAUGCUUUGAGUGAUCAAUAUUUGCUCUGGUGUUAAUGUAGCAGGGCUCAAUGUCAAAAUGUUUCUCAUGUUAAAGAAUUUAGGAGCACACUGAUGCAUCCCAAUUAGAUGUGCUCCUACAUUUUUCCAGUUAGCGCUAAUUUAUUUUCCGGGGCAAAUGCUCCUAAAACAUGAGCACUGAGGCACUGAAGCACUGAAGACCUAUGUAGUUGUCACGGUCUCCAUUGCCCAUGUGCAAGCUCAUCCAACUGAAGUUAUUUUUAGCACAGUAUUUAAAAAAAGAAGUGGUUCAUAAUUGCAAAUGAAUACAAUCACUGUAUCCAUAAACCCAUAGAUUGUGUGCUGCUAUAUGUGAUCAAAUAACCGGAAAAGACAACUAGGCUACACAAAUAUAUUUACAUUUUCAUGCAAAAAAUUACUUCUGUGUUUUGUAUUGUAUCUUUUAAUAAAUGCUUACAUGUUUUUCUAUAACAAAUCAACAACAUUCUCAAUUUUGUAAAAAGUACACAACACGAGUACUAGCAAAUCUUUACCCAACACUGUGUGCUGCACUGCACAUGACAAUACUUUCACUUGCCGAGAUACAAAAUGACAUGAGGCUAUUUACAAAGUGUUCCACUAAGGAGUACUACAUUGACCUAGCUAAGAAUUCCCUGAACGUGUAUUUGGGGGAAGCUUGACUUCCUGCAGGAGUGCUUCGAAGUCUGGAGAGCACACCAGUUUGUGCUUCACAUUUCCCAGAAUGCUCAUAUCUCCAGCGAGGCCUUCAGAUAACCGGACAGAUACAAGUUGCUGGAAACAUGAACAGACAUUAAGUUCCUUCCCAUUUGCAGCAAAUGAUUCAUAUGUUAUGGCGUACAUGGUUUCUGUGUAUGCCUGUGUUUACAGAGAAGCAGUAACUGUUGAAAAGAGACUAGCACUGUAUAGAGGAUCAUAGUAAAAUCACAAAGGCAAAGGCACCAUUUGCACACACUGUACCUGCAGGAAAGAAAAUGCAGCUCCUUCUGAAACAUCCAUCACGAUUUCACCCAGGGCCAGCUGGACUCUUCCAGAUUUCCUGAUCUGCAGUUUCCCUAUCGACCCCUCUGAGAAAUCUGACAGGACUGGAGCGCUUUCUUUACCCACAGGCUCCUGUGAAAGUAUCCCAGCAUAAGAAUUAGUCCCCUCCAAAAGUAUUAGAACAGAAAGCUCAAUCCUUUGUUUUUGCUAAACCGUGAAGACAGUUGAGUUUGAGGUGAAAAGAUGAGAUGACAGAUCUGAAUUUCAGCUUUUAUUUCACAGCUGAUUUUACAACAUAUGCAGCUUCAAUAUUCUGUAAAUUUCUAGAAGUCAUUGAUUUUCUGGAACACUUAACCAUACUCUUAAAUACCAUGAAAUGUAAAAAUAAAUUAUAGUAUUGUAGUAUGAAGAACUAACUCUUGUUUUAAUGUGAGACUGCCGCUUGUCGUCAGACUUGGUGUCCUUCUUUGGAGGCUUUUCUGUGUGCGACUCAGGCUGGCCAGGAAGGCUGUCUGGAAGCUGGAUGAAGAACAGCUCUUCCCUCUCCGAGACGGCGAGCUGCUGGAAGAGCUCUGCCACAGCUGGCUGCUGAGGCUUCGGAAACCCUUUUGUGAGCCGGGAGCACCUCUGCGUCUGCACUCUGGGGACCGCAGAGCUCGUGCCAUCUCCUGCCGUUUCUUCUUUCACUGCAAAGCAAGAGAAAGAAAACCUGCAGUUUAUCGCUAUUUUAUAGCGGUGUAUGCUGGUUCAUCACCAUUAUUCAGUUCUGUUUAUUUGAAUGUGAUCAUUUAUUCAGAGGAAAUUACAUUAGUCCCUAUGGUAGUGGUGUUGUGUUCUGUCUGGUAGGUGACUUACCGUGGACAGCUGCAUCACCCGUGAAAAAAUUGCUUGAUUGGUAGAGUGGAAGUUGAAUUGGUCUGUUUCUUGCAUCAUUUUUCAAACCGGGGUCAUCCAAAAACUAAAAAGCAACAAAAAUGUGAAAUUGUUUUUAACUAACCUUACGUGAUUCCUUAUUCUGACUAUAACAGCAAUGAUAUAGUAGAUUUGUGUCAAUGUUUACAGCGGAAGCUUGUCUAGUCUAAUAAGUGUGACCUUUAUUUCUCUACAACUAAAAGCACUUUUACAA